AUGUCUCUGUCCUGUGAAGAUUUGGCUGGGGACCCCCUGGGCUUGUUUCGUCGGUUUCAGGAGGUGACACUGCUGCGUCUCCAGGGGAUCGCCGGGAAUUACAACAUUUCCUACAACAUCGACACCAGGUUCCGGCUCCUGGCGGAGCAGUACGACACCGUUGCGGCUGCUCUCAAUGCGUCACAUGCCGCUCUGCGGGAGGACAUGGGCUCUUUGAAAACCUGGAUGAAGAAGCUACAGAGAAGAACCAAAAAGCUGGCUUCUAAACUCUCGUCGUUGGCUGAGUCCCUGAGCGAAAGCCGCAAGCAGAGCUCUGGGGAGAGGCUGCAGCUGAGCGCUCUUCUGUCCAACCUAACCCUGCAGACUGCAGGCCACACGGCGGACCUCACUGCCCUGCGCGCCAGCAGGAACACCCUACAGAAAGAGCUGGCGAGCCUGCGAGAGGCCAGUCGGAGCCAGGGAACCAAACUGGAGGCUCUGGAGCAGCAGCUGAAGAACAGGCUGCACAAGGAGGUCCUGGCAUCUGGGCACCAUGAGCUGGCUGCGGCCCAACGUCUGAACCAGACACCCCAGGACAAGCUGCCGGAGGCAGGGGGAAGCCAGGGACACCGCGUGAAGAAGCUGCAUGCCAAGCACAAACAAAGGAAGAAGCUGGGGGAAAAGAGGCAGCAGCUCCUGGCCCAGGCUGCAAAGAGGAGGCUGCAGAGUAGCCUGUUCCAUGGCAAUAAGACCCUCGGGCAGGAGAGACAGCCAGAGACACCCACUGUGCCAGAGCCACAAGCUGCCAGGCAGCAGCUCCACAGGGUGGCCAAGAUCUCACAAGAGCAGCUGCAGUCACCGUCACCUGAGAAGCCAGGCACAAUUUGCAAUGUGGAUUCCAUGCUGCUUUUCCCCAACAAGUCCACUGAAAACUUUGCCACCUUCGGCCAGGGCUUCCAGACCGGCCUGCACGAGCUGUCGGUCUGCAGCUGGGUGAGCACCCACGCUCGCUCCCUGGGCACCAUCCUGUCCUACGCCACGGAGGAGAAUGACAACAAGCUCGUCCUGCAUGGCCGGAACACCGCAGCCCUGGCCUCCAUCCACUUCGUCAUCGGUGACCCAGCUUUCCGGGAGCUGCCGGUGGAGCAGCUCCUGGACGGGGGAUGGCACCACAUGUGUGUCAUCUGGUCCUCCAUCCAGGGCAAGUACUGGUUCUAUGUGGACAGGAGACUGGCAUCCACGGGCUCCAAGUUCCAGGAGGGCUAUGAGAUCCCCCCCGGCGGGUCGCUUGUUCUGGGUCAGGAGCAGGAUGUGGUCGGGGGUGGGUUUGACCCCUCAGAAGCCUUUGUGGGACGCCUGAGUGGCUUUGCCAUCUGGAACCGCACUUUGAUGCCUGGGGAGGUGUCCAGCAUAGCGAUCGGAAAGGGCCUGCCCCGUGGCACCAUCCUGAGGCUGGCUGAUGUCUCCUCCCUGAAUGGAUCAGUACAGAAGGUGAAUUGCACCUGCCUGGAACACUGUUUGUAAACCAAGCACGCCCCCUUCCGGGCUGUCCCCAGUAAUACAGAUUGUGGGCAGCCCAGAGUCCAAAUGCCAGGCAGUUAUCGACAUCAACCUGUGGUGCCUGUUAGCCAGAACACUCUCUCCGCCCUGCUAAAUAGGCACAAUGCCCUUUUCUCCAUCGGAUGA